CUGGGGCGAGUUAUAGCAAUAGGGGGUCUCCUCCCUGUCUCUGAUUGGCUGCCGGAAUGACACGCUCGCUCUGAUUGGUCGCCGUGUGCCGGCUCAUUCCUCAGGCGGCGGAGUGUGCAGUGUGAGCCCUGUCAUGCCGAUUCCUCCUCAGCCCUCCACACACACAGCAUGGUAUCCACCAACGGCCACAUCCCGGGCCAACGGGACCUGUCUGCGCCCACUGAGGAGCUCAACGGGGACAUCCAUCACACGGGGACACAGCCUGAGCAGGAUGGGGCCCCCAGGGGCCCAGACCGUGAGCUGCCCACCUACACCGCCAAUGUGGCCCCCAGGGGCCCAGACCGUGAGCUGCCCACCUACACCGCCAGUAAUGGGGACCGGCAGCAAGGUGGGGCCCCCAGGAGCCCAGGUGAGAGGGAAGCCAUGCUGUCAGGCCAGCAGAAGCCCCUGGAGACCCGGCUGUUUUACAGGAGGUUUGCCAUCCUGGGGGUGUUCAGCCUGUACUCCCUGGUCAAUGCCUUCCAGUGGAUCCAGUACAGCAUCAUCACCAAUGUCUUCACUGACUUCUAUGGGCUGAGCUCUGAUAAGAUAGACUGGCUCUCUAUGGUCUAUAUGCUGGUCUAUGUGCCCCUCAUCUUCCCUGCCACCUGGCUACUGGACAAGAAGGGGCUUAGGGUCACUGCCCUGCUGGGCUCGGGGCUGAACUGCCUGGGGGCUUGGAUUAAAUGUGCCAGUGUCAGGCCGGAUUUAUUUGGGGUCACCAUGUUCGCCCAGUUUGUCUGCUCUGUGGCCCAAAUCUUUAUUCUAGGCUUGCCCUCCAGGGUGGCAUCUGUGUGGUUUGGACCAAAGGAAGUGUCAACAGCAUGUGCCACCGCUGUGCUGGGCAAUCAGGUAUAUAUAUAUAUUAGGUCAUGUGGGUAUGGGGCAGAUGUGGCAUCAAGGGGCUUCUCCAUGGAAUGGCGUGUAAGUGCCAAAGGGGUGGUGAGUGUGUUACAGGCCAAUAGUUGUUAUCAUGUAUAGUGAAGUACUGCAGAAUAAGUUGGCGCUAUAUAAAUACCAAUAAUAAUAACCCACUAGCAUUCUAAUCAUUGUGUAACGGUAAACGGGUAAUGUUACUGAAGUCAUUGAUGGAUCACCGUUGGCACUCCAGAAGUAUAUUGUAUUCUUCAACAGCUGGGGUGCCUAUGGUUAGCUACCUCUGAUCUAAAGAAAUCGCAGAACAAUCCAUUUCUUACUGUGGGACGUUUUAACUUGUAUUCAAAAUUAUAAGUUCUUUUGAGCCCUUAGUAACAUUUGUAAUUUGUUUAUUUUUCUUUUCUACCCCUUCAGUACAACUGUAAAAUGCCACGGACUAUCCUGGCGCUGUAUAAAUGCACAUAAUCUUUCUGAUGGGCAGUCCUUUGGGCACUGUCGAGGGUUGUAUUGAUCUGCUUUUAUAAAGUAGUAAAGGUUACUUCUUACAAUCAUGUAGCCAUGUCCCUUCCAAAAUGCUUUAUAAAUGCCUGCAAAGAAUAUUACUCACUAUUUUCUCAAGCAUAGAGGAAGUUUAUACUUAGUUUAUACUCCAUAAGUGUAAGUAUUUGCAUAAAUAAACACCUUUUUAGCUAUGCGUUUCCUUGUGAUAUUGGCCCUCGCCAAAGUACUUCUCUGUCACAUUAAAUAGACAAUUUUAGUGCAACAAUUGAAACGGAGCUCAUGGGAAAUAUGCUAACAAUGUCAUAUGUCACACACAUUGCUGUUGUGUGUACUGACUGCUAUAUACUGUAAACAUCCUUGCAUCAGUAAAUAGUACUUCGUUACUAACCUGAGACUGUAUGUGUUGGCUCAACUUCAAAACACACAGUAAAAAGGAAGAGAAGAUGCAUUUUAACUCUUUGAGUUUUUUCGUAUGACCCUUUUAGGUCAACAUUAUCAAAUUGAAAUAAUUAUUCAUCUCUGAGACUCCGCUUUAUAUCUGACUGUUCCAACCUAACAUUUGUGAUGUCCUAGUGAAAUCUGUACAAUUCUUAGUUUAACAAAUAAUGAUUCCUUGUUUAUUUUAAUCUUACCAUUUUGUUUUUCCAGUUAGGUACAGCUAUUGGUUUCCUUCUACCUCCUGUGUUGGUACCAAAAAUAGACAAUAAUGUUGAAUUAACAGGACAUAACAUCAGCAUUAUGUUCUAUGGUACAGCUGCUGUGUCCACUUUUCUGUUCAUCCUGACCAUAGCAGGUAAGUGUCUCGUCCUAUUACUGUCAAGUAGAUUCAUUGCUUUUAUUGCCUUAAUGAAAGUGUGUGUAUGGGACCAGAGCUCUAUGUUAUGCAUGCAUAGUAUUCCAUAUGGUUGUCUUAAAGGGACAUUACAAAUACUAGCUGACAGUGUACUGUGUUUUGAACAAUAUUUUCUUGCAAAUAUUUUUUUGUAUUUUCAUAUGACUUUGUCUCUCUGGCCUCCCUGACAUUGCGGUGGAACGGUGGCGGUGUACACACAGCUUUACAUUCUAGUAUGCACGCCUUAGGACAGAGGUAGGCAACCUCCGGCACUAUAGAUUUUGUAGACUAUAUCUUUCAUAAUGCUCUUACAGGUGUAAUGCAGGCAAAGCAUCAGGGGAGAUGUAGUUCACAACAUCUGAAUUGCCGAAGGUGGUCUAUCCCAGCCUCAGAAAACCAUUAUUGAUGUAUUGUAAUGGACAAAUGCCCCCCAUUACUGAUGGAGAAGGCACUGCAAGUAUAUAUGGUGCUUCUCCCAUUGAUUGGGGUAUGACUUCGGUUUCUAGAUUCAUCAUGUGAGCUGGAUCAGAAUGUAGGGACUGCAGGAGGGACACCUUUUAAAUAAGUAUUGCAUGCAUAUUCUGUUUAAUGCAUAUAACUUGGCAAUACAAUCCACUCUGUAAGAAUCACUUAUAAACCGCUUUCCAUGCGCCCAGUAUUUACAAUCUAUAUUCAGCUUCCGAACUGUUCUUAUAUUUUCAACAACUUUUAAUCUCUGGUGUAUCUGAAAUUAUUCCCCAUACCCUCUCAACUGCUUGUACAUCUGUCCAUUAAUAUAAAUAGCUGGAUACAUACUGUGCACUUGUUAAUCAUGUAUUCCUUCCCUUUGGAAUAAUCAAGCACAGAGGUAAGUUCUCUUCUCAUUGGAUUGCCCAGUACAUUUUUAAAGUAUAGUGAUGCUCUACUUUACUUUGUGAUGGCAUAGACUUAUGGGAUCUGGAGUGUGGUGGUUGGCCAUCACUGCUCUAGGAGGAAUGUGGAAGCAUUUUCAUACAUUACCUGUUUUGACAUGGCUUACCAGGCCAGUCCCAUGUGGUGUAAAUAGAGUACAGGAGGGAUAGGGCCACCUGUGUCCCUGCUAUUAGAAGGUCAUUUAGUGCCGUGUGAUGGAUGCUCUAAUCACCAGCGGCAGCUAUUCUUCUUGAACCAAUUACCCAGAUGUGUUAAGUGAUUUGAAUCUGUUCAAUGUGGGAUGAAUAUGGAAUUGUAGCUUCAUAAAAGUGAUACCUAUUAAAAGUCCUGCAGGUUCUAUGAAAAGCAUUAGAUUUAAUCUCUAUAACCUGAAUUGCAGUGAAACAAAAUCCCGUUUUGGUUGCUUUGUGGUCACCGUGCCUAUUUAAUACAUUUCUCUAAAAUGCCUUCCAUAUCUUCUAACUUUUGUAUCCGUACGGAGAAAUAUAAAAUUUGGGAUAAAUGGAUUAAGAUCCUCGAAAGACCUUUAUCGGUCAAAAAUGAUUAACACGUGUAUCGAUAAGCAAUGGAGUUUUUUGAGAUAAGGAUAAUAAUUCCUGGUUUGGGUAAUAGUUAUAACCCAUAAAUACGCUGUUUUGAUAUAAAAAGGACAUUGUUUUUAUGUCAUAUUUGUAACACUGCAUGGAUGAUAUGCGACAAUCAUCCUGUGUUUGUGUAUUUAUGUCUGUAAAUUGUGUUUUUGUAUUGAUAUGGGAAAAAUCUAAUAAAAUAUUUAAUUAAAAAACAAAAAAAAAAUUCUUCCAAUUGUUGGACGUUUUGCUCUAUCAGGGUGUGUAGAAGACACACAGAGUAUAAUUUUGCAGUAUCAUGCUGCCUUGCUAAGCAAUCUCACCUGUCAUGAGGUCAGCCAGAAAUCCUACUUGUAAGGAAUCCAAUGUAAAUACACGACUCCAGGCGGUGAUCUAACUUGGCCGCUGAAUACGCCCUGCGUGAUUCCACAGAGCCUCUUAGAUGUCUGUGAGCUCUUAGCUAUUUCAUGUUGAGAAGUCAUGGUUUUAGUGUGAGCUGCAAAUACAUGGAACGUUUGUACUUUUCAGUAAUGUCUUGUGAGAAAUAGAAUGGGUCAAACAUUUCCAGCAUUCUCUAGUUUUAUAUUUUUACAGCCAUGCAGUGAAUAUCUGUACAUUGCUCAGAGAGUUACUCUGGGUUUAUUAUAAAUGUAUAGUUCCCUUUUUUUAUUUUUUUUUAUUUUCCUAUAAUUUCAUCUUCUGUUUAAAUUGUAAGGGCCUAAUGUAUUACAAUUAAAAUUACAUUUCAUUUCUUCAAUGCCAAUUUUCUUUCUUGAACUCUCCUACCCUCCAAUUUCUUUUAACAUAUUUAAGUGCACAGAAAGUGAGAUCUUGUGGGUUUUGAUUGUGGUGUGUUUUGAAAUGUUGGUUCGACACCUUUCUUAAUAUUCCUAACGUGUUCCGAUACUUUAAUAUGUAGGCAUUUAAUAGUUCUCCCAAUGUAUAGCAUGUCGCAGAGGCAUUUCAACAUAAAUAUUUUUCGAAAAGCAUGUUAAUUGGUCUUUGGUGAAUUCUUUCAUAUUGCUUAUAUGCCUCUUUACUUUAGGUUUCCCUGCCAAACAACUUCCACAUCCAUAAAACCCCUAUUACUGUUUAGGAAUUUAUUUUCUUUUGAUGGAUCUUUGAAAUUGCUUUUGACUGGCAUAUUCUGUAUAUUUUUACAUCCCCUUUUAUAUAAUCUUGGGUGUUUUUGGUAGUAUGCUCUUGAGCAUUGGAUCGUAGUGUAGAAGAUUACUAUUUUUUUGAUGGCAUACUACACUUUAUUUUUUGGCUGAGAAGUUACAAAUGAACGGGAUCUCGAAUUUAUUAAAUUCCUAUUCUGCCUUUACUUGUAAGAGAGUAAAUCUUUCCUUUCCAUCCUUUUGAUUUCUUCCAUACUUUUUAGCAAAUCAUUUUUGCACUGAUAGACUCAGCGUGGUGAGGUUUAAAAAAAAAAAUAUGCAAGUAAAUAUGCUUUAAAAAAAAAAAAAUAAAUAAAAAAAUUUAAAAUUAGAACAGUAGGCAGGGUGAACACCUAAGCCCUUAGAAGGAGAUUAUAGAGUUAGGGAUACACUUUUUUUUUUUUUUUUUUUUUUUUUCCUAGGUAAAGAGCAUAAUUUUAUUUUGUUGCAGUUUUGAUUACUGCUACUGUUUCUGUUGAAUAAUUUACUCAAUAAAUAGCCGACUCACUAGCCAUUUAAGAACUAAUCUUACCUUAAUUCUUAGACAUCCCUAGACUUGGCUGGCUUCUCCUAAAAUACGAGCUGCCUAUGUUUUUAUUUCUGCAAAAAAAUCCAUAUUUGAGCACACAAAAACAUGGGAAAUUAAUGAAAUCAUUCACUUUAGAUGGGUUCCACAAGAUAACCGAUUUAUUGCAUUCUGAAACACUCCACUGCUUCUUUUUCUUUUUUUCUUUGUGUAAGUGUUCAUUGUGUGUUUGAGGAUAAAUGCAGUACACAAAAACCUAGGGUUUUCUUUUGUUUUUGUUUUUCUUCUUUUAUUUAUACUUUAAAAAAUAAAUUAAAUAUUUAUUUAUUUUUAUGUGCCAUUCAUUUAAUAUGCUAAUGUAAGCAAAUCUCCAGACUGAUUGACACAUUCAUUAAUCCUUGUAUCUGGGUUAAUCUCUUGUUGUCUGGAAAUGAAUAGCUGAGAUAAGUGUCCCUGUUUUAUUAUUAUUCUCCCGCAUAUGUAUCUAAUAUAUUGUUGGUGGUACUUUUGGUAAAGUUAUAGGAUUACUCCAGGCACAGUAACAAAGUAGCAUUAUUCGAAAGGUUUUCGUACAGAGAGUAGUUGCGUACAGUUUUCUUUACCAGAAGUGUAGUGAUUUUUAUUGGGGGUACAUUAAAUAAUGUACAUGUCUGAGUGAAGCAUUACAAGACAAUCUCCAGAUGAAGUCUAUAGACUAAAUCAAUUGCAAUAUAUUAUGUGGCUUCGAUCUUCAUUCCUGUUUAUUCCACCGUCUAGCAGACCACUUGAUGUUAGGCACUUGUAGAAAAUAAGAAGCAGUAGAUAAGCACGCCCAAGAAAAAAGUACUUUAGUUUUUAUUGGGGUUAUAAUUUUUUUUUUCUUUACAUAUAUUUUAUUUUAUGAUAUAGAAUGUGUUUAAAAUAGGGUAAUUUAUUGUGAUAUGUGUUUUUCUUUUUGUUUUUGUUUUGAUAUGCUUGUGAAAAGCUGCUUUUUGACACUUCUUGAAUAGAAAUCUGUUAAUUACAGCCCCUAAGGUGUCUGAGGAUUGUGACUGAGGGCCCAUGAGCAUACGGUCAAACAUGCUUAGAUCUCAGUAAUGAGAUUAAUGCUGUAUGAUGACAGCUGUAGAAUCCCUUCAGAUCUAAUCCAACAAGAAGAAUAUUCUUCAGAAUGGAGGCAUGUUUUGAAAGUGCAUUACUAGUAAGGGAACAGUGAAAUGACAAACUCAAAAGCCAGUACCAGGGGCUCCUCUCGCUGCUCGUGCCCAUUCUUCAUCCAUUUUAAAUGAAUGUAUGUAGUACAUUGAAAUAUAUGCAAAAAUAAACUUCCUCAAAGUAAGAUUUACAUUAAGUUUUAUAUCAAACCAGGAAUUGUCUGGUGUGUACUAUUCUUGCACUAAGGUGUGCUUUGGGAUGUAGGGCAGAAAGGCUGGGAUUGGGAGAAAAACAGUUUGUUUAAAAAAAUAAAUAUAUUCUUACUGAUUAGCAAUAAAGAACAAUCACCCAUUGUAAAGGACCACUUAGGAUAGGGCUUCUUAUUCUGAUCUCAUAUGAGUGUGUCAGAAACAUUACUUAUGUUUAUUUUAGUUAAUGUAAUGUAGACUGACAAUACGUACGUCUGUGUGCAUGUCUUCCCUUUUAGAUAUGUAUUUGUGAGAUAAAUUUGCUACUGACCAUGUAAAGACCCGAUUUAUAGACCUCAAUAAAAAGACAAAAGGUACAAUGGCGAGUCAGCCUGAUCAGUCUCUGAAAGCUUCAAUCUGUACCAGUGGUCUCUGUAAUCACUAUUUUUUUAUUACAAUACAUGUGUUCUUUGGCAUGGUUCUUUUAAUAGCCCUGUGCCAAAACAAGUCUUUGAAGUUCCUUGGCAUGCUGUUCCUCUUAUUUAUUUAUUUAUUUAUUUUUAAUUACAAUGCUGGUAUGCUACCAUAUUCUGCUUGUGCUGUGUAUAGGGACUGCAGUUGCUUUGUAGGAUUGUAUUUGUGCAUAUGUGGCAUGUAUUGUUUAUGUGCAUGAGUAGUUUGUCGUGUGUUAUGUGGACUGUGUAUCAUGUUAUGUGUGGGCUGUUUAUGGAAUUGUUGCUGUUUGUAGUAUAGUGUGUGUGUGUGUGUGGGGGGGGGGGGGUGGUGGCUGCUUGGGGUAUUGCUAUGGGAGGCGUGUUGUCUUGGUGUAUGUGGGUUGUUGGUGGUGUUAUAUUUGUGGACUUUGUGUGUUUUGUGUUUGGACUAUUUUAUAGAACUUGUCUGUGGGCGGAGGCUUUUUUUUUCCAGCCACUUUACAUGUGUAGGUAGCCUCGAUAGGCUCCACUGGGGACCCUGCUGGCCAGGUACAGGUUAGGGACAGGGGCUACAGUGACUGCUGAGGCUUCUCUCCUCCAGCACAGAUUCCCUUUCACAAUUGCUGAGGAUAAGUGAUCAGAUGUCACAUCCUCCAAAAGCUGCAAUUAGUAAAUGGAGGAAUGCCCUUCACCAACUACUGCAAUCACCGCUAGGGCUGAAUGUCCGCUUGGAACUAGUCGAUAUCUGAAGAAGUUCCACUUGGACCCCUGCUAGGUCAGCUCCAGAGGAGGUUCUUAAAUCUCCACUGCCUGACUGGGUCUGGCCACCUUUUGUGCCGUGCUAAGGCACCUCACGUGGCAUGGGUUACUGAACCCCGAUCUGUAGGAUAAACAUGGAACUGUGUAACCCGGAAAGUCUCCCAUCACCAAAACGCGUUUACUCGAACUGUUACCAUUUCUUGGCUUUUAUAAUCUCUUGAUUAAACAUCUUAUUAAUGUACUGUACCAUCAAACACGGUCUGUCUCUUAAUAUAAGGUUUAUACCAGUUGACAAUAUUUGUAUUCUUUGAAUAUGUACUCUGUGACUGUUAUCACUUACUUAAUGCUUCAUAAAAAUUGUUAAAUAAUUAUUUUCUUAAAAGAAUAACAGAAAUGAAUGAUGCCCAUUAAGACGCAGCAUGUAGAAACUGACCCCAAAUACUUUGGUAUUUAGACACGUCUGUCAUUGACAGUCUUAAAAUUUUAAACUGUUUCACUCCUGCAAUUUGUGUUUAUUGCCCUUUUAAUGGUUCAUCUCCAGGGACUGGUCUAAUCUAGAAUCCCUGGUUCUAGAGGAACUGCAUGUGUUAUUGAUUCAGUCCACUUUAUUCCCCUAGAUGACUGUGACAGUAUAUUUGGUUGUGAAAAAGAACAUAGAUCACUGCUACUGCACGGUGUGUCUAUGGGUUGCAGAACAGCAACAGUAAAAUCUGAAUGAAAUGCUUGUGGCAGCUAGAGGAAGCAGAAUGAGAAGCCAAUCUGCAUUAAGGAGGAGGGAUGCACAGCCAAUCAGCAUGGAUUGACUGCUAGAUUUGUAGCCGGGCUCAGUUCACCCUCCUCCAGUGAUGCCAUUCAGUAAUGGUGCAAAGACUGGGUUGCACUGAGGGUGAAGGUAUUGUAGGAAAUGCACACAAAAAUAGUUGGUAUUGAAGCUGACGUAGUUUAGUGUUUUUGUUUUCCCAUUGUUUUUCCAAUACAUUUACAGUGUCCCUUUAACUGACCAGUUUAGGUUUGAUUAGAUGGAGCCCUAGAGUUCCUUAUCAUUUAAUCAUUGAUAACUGUAUUUGUGAUAGUAUCAUUUUUAAGAUAUGAAAGAGCUAUGAUGUUGACAAACUUGACUUCCUUACAGUUUUCAAAGAGAAGCCGAAGGUCCCUCCCAGCCAGUCUCAAGCAGUUCUGCAGGAUAAUUCUCCUGACGAUUACUCCUACAAAGUCUCCAUACUGAAUCUCUUUAAGAAUGUCCCCUUCGUACUCCUAUUGGUCAGUUAUGGUAAGUUUAAACAGAAUAUGUCUACAAGAAACCACCUUCUCAUGUUAUCCCUUUUUUCAAAACCACUAUUUUUCUCCUGAGAGCAGCUUGCAAUGGGCGUAAUGACCGGUCAACAGAUUUGACAGGUGACUGGUCCCAGAAAGUGACUGCAUUGUGAUUUGUUGUAGGAAGUCCCAAGCAGUUAUCUAUUAGUGAUAAUCGCUCACUACUACCACAAAACACCAUUACUCUGCCUCCACGUUACAAAUCCCGUGAAUGCCUACUGCAAGGCCAGUGUGUUCUACUGUCUAACGCAGCAACUCUUGUCCUGAUUUGCAGACAAAUGCUGUAGUGUUUUCAAAAAUAAUUCUAUGUUUAUUCUGGGAAAAGUGUGCUGGCCAAUACCUUAAUCCAACAUGCUGAGCUCCCCUCUCUUCCUUUUAUGAAGACCUCCAUUUUAGAACAGUGGGGUGAUCUAAUAAGACUAAGGAAUAAAGUGCGUCAAAGUCAAGGAGGGAUCCAGUAAGUUGAAGGGACACUAUAACUUACAUACACCACUUACAAGUCUUGAGCAAUAAUGCCUCACAAGGGAACAACAGAGGGGGGCAUUUCCUUCUUGUACAGUCUUAUCUUGAAUGCUCUGCAGACUCCACCCCUGUGGUUCACACAUUUGUGGUUUAUUUCUUCCUUUUUUUAUGUGCAUUAACAGAAAAUCAGCUAUGCCUUGCAUUAAUAAUUAAAGGUUUCUCCAAUUAUUAACAAUCCCUGAAUAAUGCAUUGAUGGAGAAAGUUUUUUCAUUGGAAAUAUUUAAAUUCAUUUGUUUCUCAUUGACCUUGUCAAUGUGCAAUUGAUGCAUCCAGGAAAAAAUAAAAACUCUCGUUCUAGCUGUGUCCUAAUGUGAAAUAAUAUUUACUUAGGAAAUAAUCUCGUUUCUUUUUCUUUCUUUUUUAUUUAUUUAUUUAUUUUAUUGCAGGGAUUAUGACUGGAUGUUUCUAUUCUGUGUCCACACUAUUAAAUCAAAUGAUUACAUUUCAUUAUGAGGUCAGUAUCCAUCAAUGUUCCAAAUUUAGUAAUUGCUAAUAUUUUAUGUUUGAUUACACUACUCCCCCCACCAUCCCAUCCCCCAUAAUGGUAGUUAGCAGAGUGUUCAGAUUGAAUCUCAACUCUCUGGGGGUCUUUUAAAUACUUAUUUCCUCCACUUCUACUCAGCAUUCUAAUAUUUGAUCUAUUUCCGAUAGCAAAACUUAAGAGGCUAGCCUAAAUAUUUAAAUAUGUGAUAUUCUUGCAUCAUGCAAUGAUUCUAGAGCCAAUUUACUUUGUAAAAAUGUUUUAUUUAAAUGAUAUUGCGCCACGUAAACCAAGGACUUUUUCAAGUAUUUUGUUAUGUCCCUGGAAUCGUUUCAAGUUGAUUUCUGGGAAAAUAACCGGUUUCAUACUUGUUGAGCAAUAGCUUAGCUUAGUCAAACAUGCUCACCGCAUAAAGGAUGUCAUGUUUCAACUUUCCCUUUAUUGUAAGAUUUUCUAUCACACUCUUUGGCAAAGUGUUAUAAGCUCAAAUAUAUACAUUGUAACACCAGAAGGACUGGCACCAGUUGAGCCAUUAACCUUUAAAGAGUACAGUGUUGUUUGCUUUUGGGAAACAAGAAGGGGCCCACUUGCAGAACACGACAUGUAUAAUCCUUUAUUUUGGGAUAUAUAGCAGGUCUGUCAUGAUACAAAUUUGUUUACCACAUUCUUGUCAUGAAGAUUCUCAUUACAAAACAGAAAACUGAUUAUUUCAGUCUGUGCCAUUUUGUAGAUAAAGAGAAAAGCCCUUUCAAAUAAAUCUUGGAAAUCGAGAGCUCUGUGAAAUUUGACCACUGAAUAGGUAGACGGCAAAUGACUUCCUUGUUCGUGCAAUAGGAAUAAUUAGAUACACCCGAAGCUCUGGGUAAAGCCAAAGCAAAUUGUUUUAAUUUGACUGGUGUAUCAUGGCUUGUACAGCACCAUAACCAUUGAAGGGCAUUCUUCUCCAAGAAACUGGAAAUCAGGUAUUGCUCACUGAUCUUUGAAGGUUUGUGAAGCCCGCUUAAUCAACGGGUGUUCACCUUCUUGUAUAGGACCAGAGUUCUCACAGAAAGAUAGGAAGGUAAAGAUCUGGUCAAUCUGAGGGAAACCAACUAAUAAUGUACCUGACCUCAUAACUGGCAGCCAUGUUUCUAUUUACUCUCCAUUGAGAGAAUUGGGAGCCUGCACCUUCUACUGUGGGGGGUGAUCCUUAUGAUGGUGGAGGAGAACCUGGCUGAACGGUCAGUGGGCUGCAUUUCCUGUAAUAAGAAAUCAGCUGCCACAGUUCUUUUCAGGAGUUGGAGAUGGCCCAAAAUGGGGACGGUGGCCACAGUUUGAGGAAGAUCACUUUAAUUCCUUUUUUAUUACGAUUAUAUGAAAUCCAUUUAAUAUAAAUACAUCAUCUUUACAUAGGGAGAAGAAGUUAAUGCUGGCAGGAUUGGCCUAACAUUGGUUAUUGCAGGAAUGAUUGGCUCCAUUUUUUGCGGCCUGUGGCUGGAUUAUUCUAAAACCUACAAGUAAGUACAAUUUGAAUUUAUCUUUUUUUUUUUUUUUUUUACUUUUUUUUACUUUUUUUUUAAAUUUGCUUUUCUCUGCUCAGGUAAUUGGUGUGAUUAACCAGUUACUGUAUUCCUGUAACUGCACAUACAUCUGUCCGGCUCUUGAGGACGAGGAACAACAAAGUAAUUGCUUUUAAUCAAGUCAAACAGACGUUGUCUUACUUAAUAGAAGAUUAAAUGUUCACCAGUGCGUACAGUUAUGCAAUAUAACUGCCGGUAUUGCUCUCUGUUUAUUUUGACUUCCUAUCCAUCUAUCACGGUUUUCUUUAUUAUUUAUUUUUAUGAAAUAAAUAAUUGGGCAAGCGUGGCCAUUUUUAUAUUUGGAACAAUUUCGUGGUUAUUCACUAAAGUGAGAAUUUAAGACCAGAAUAGCAAAACUAGAAAAAUUCUCCAAGUCCGCUAUCUGUACUUUCAGUUCUUCGGCUACUUAGGCCUUAAAUGUGAAAUCCACAUUAAAUUCCUGUAAUUUUCACUUUAGUAUGAACCAUGUUUGUUUCCAGUAAAUAUUAUGUAGCAGAUAAUGAGGCAAUAUGCACACAGUGUAUUCUGACAUACACUUACAUUUACAGACCAAUAUAACAUCACUGCUCAAUUCUCUGCCCUAAAGGAGAUAAAUCACUUUUGUUUCUGUUUAUACAGCCCUUGCCACACCUCCUGACUGUGAAUCUUCUAGCUGGCACGAAAAAAUAAAACCAGGUGCAUGAGAGAUAUAUCUCUAUCUCUGUCUCUGUCUCUGUCUCGUGCCACCUGGGCUCCCACUCUCCCUGUGGAACAUAAAUGGUUAAAAAAAAACAAACACAUAAAACAAACCUUUCUUUGCUCACCUGUUUCCAGCACCGAUGUCUCUGUGCUGGGUCGAUGCUCUGACGUCAUCUGGCAGGGGGGCCGGAUGCGGAUGUGCUGCAGGUACAUUAGGCCCUCCUCAUAGGAAAGCAUAGAAUCAAUGGUUUCCUAUGGGGAUUUCACUGACGCUGAAUAUUCUCAUUCAUAGUGUGAGGACAUCCAGCGUCGUUUAAGGGACUCUGAGUCUGGUAAACCCAGGAAGUGCCUCUAGUGGCUGUCUACUAGACAGCCACGAGAGGCAGUCUUAUAACUGCAAUGUAAACACUGCAGCUUCUCAAACUGCAAUGAUUUAUAUCACAGGACUCAUUUGAGAUGAAGUGGUCUGGGUACCUAUAGUGUCCCUUUAAACAGAAUGUGCACAAAAACUUAGAUGUUAAUCAGAUGUUAACUUGCUUUAGAAGUUUUUAUCUCCUCUUGUGUAAAUUGAACUUUAAUCACACACAGGAGGCUCCAGACUAGUAACAGAGUAGGAAAUUAAAUUAAACAGAAUGUGCCAUAAAGAAAGUGUAAACAUUAGAUGACUCUUUACAGGGAGACGCGUUUGUUGCAAUCCUGGGAGGUGUGACUAGGGCUGCAUACACAAAGUGCUUUAACUCAUAAAUGGCAGAAAAUUGAGCAGUUAGCAGGAAUAUGAUCUAUACACCACAAUCCACUCUACUAAGCUAAAGUUGUUUUAAUGUUCGGUUUAGUGUCCCUUUACGUCAUAGCGUGUAUUUGUGCUUCCUGGACAUCAAUUUAUCAGAUGUUCAUUUUUGCCUUUUAUCUUGGUGUAUUACCACAUCCAGUUCUGCCAAGUCAGAAAAUAUAAUUGUAAACAUCAUCUUAAUGACAUUACUGGCAAAUUUAUUAAAUUCUACCUACCUUCCUUAUUUUUUAAGUGGAUUUUUGCCCGUACAUACCUUCGUUCCUAGAGUAGAAUUGUGCGAUAUCUGGCACACGGCAGCAUGCUAGGCAUUGUUAGAUCAACUGUGAGCGUGCAGGUAACCCUGCACAACAUUGUUUUGCCUUUCUUGGAGUUUAAAUGACUGUACUAAUAAAAUGUAACUUUCUGUGUUGUGCUUUCUAACGUGUUUGCUUUCUUUAUAUCCUUAUACAGACAAACAACAUUGGUUGUUUACAUAUUAUCCUUUAUCGGUAUGCUGGUAUUCACCUUCACUUUGGAUCUUGGAAAUAUCGUUGUUGUAUUUGUAACCGGAGGCAUCCUUGGGUAAGCAAAGCAUAGUAUCCCUGAUAUCUCCUGGAAUUUAUAAACACAGUAUUUCUGUGAUCGAGGAGCUUGAUACUAACAUAGCAAUCACUAGUUUAAGAUGCCAAUCAGCUGAAUUCUCUGGUAAUCAUUGGAUCACCAUUUCCAAUAAACUCAUUUUAUAGAGAAACCUCUAAGCACCAAAUAAUUCCAGGUACUAUAACCGUUUCAAUGAGAUGAACUAUAUAGUUCCUAUAAUGUAGCUUUUAGAGUGCAGUUUGUAGAUUGAGAGCGCCUUUUUGAAGUGGGAUGUAUUUCUUUUUCUUGUUUCUUAUAAUGACCACAGUUUAAACAACACAAAACAGCAGCAUUCAUUUGGACUCCUGCUAAUACAUUUAAAUCCAUUUAAAAUUUAGCUAAAGCAAUCGUCAUGGAAAAUAGUAAUUUGCUGCUUGUUCCUAUUGCAGAUUAUUGCAUAGGGACACUAUGGGCACCACAACAACUUUAGCUUAAUGAAGCAGUUUUCGUGUGUACAUCAUGCCCCUGCAGUCUCAUUGCUCAAAUCUCUGCCAUUAAGGAGUUAUAUCACUUUGUUUAUGCAGCCCUAGUCACACCUUCAUGCAUGUAAUGUGCACAGCUGUCCUAAACACUUCCUGUAAAGAGUCAUCUAAUGUUUACGCUUUCUUUAUUGCACAUUCUGUUUAAUUUAGAAUGUAUUAUCGACUGCUCUGUUACUAACUUGGUAGACACUGCAGGAGCCUCCUGUGUGUGAGAUUAAGGUUCAAUUUAUACAACAGGAGAUAAAAAAAAUUUUUAAAAAACUUCUAAAGCAAGUUAACAUCUGAUUGAAAAUGAAACUAUUUUUGUCAUACAGGCUCUGAGAGUCUAUAUCCAGGGGAGGUGUGGCUAGGGCUACAUGGACAGAAAGUUGUUUUAAUGCUUAGAGUAUCCCUUUAAGGAAAGACCUAUGUGCCUCUCCAGGUGUUGUAGGAUAAAGGCAGUGUUGUGGGGUGUAGUCAAACACUAGUUGGAGAGUUGUGACUUGACACCUAGGAAGAAAGAGCAACUAAGUUUGGAGCAUGCCUUCCUUUUUGUUAGUUUUAUAUAAAAUUAAAUGUGUUUUUUGCUUUGUUUUGUUUUAAUCACUGUUAUCGAUCUGUUCCAGCAAGUUAUAGCUUACUUCCAGUGACUAAUGUCCUCCAUCAUACCUUUUGUGAAUGAUAAAUUUACAUUUUUAAUAUUUUUUUUUUUCUUUAGUUUCUUUAUGACUGGGUACCUUCCCCUUGGGUUUGAGUUUGCAGUGGAGAUCACCUACCCGGAAUCUGAGGGUACUUCUUCAGGACUGCUCAAUGCAUCUGCACAGGUAACUUUGGACAUUAUGGGUGAAAGUGCAAGGAUUGAAGGAUUGUAGACAGACUUUUCUUUCUUUUAAUAAUCAGUGAGGCAUUUAAAAUUCGAUCAGUUGUGGACAGGACGCCAUUGGAGCUCCUGCAAAGAUGGGAAUCAUGCAAAGAUAAACAAGAUUAUUCACUUAAGUAAGAAUUCAAAGUGAAUUUCAAAAUUAAGAUCAAAAUAGAUGAUCCAGAAAAAUGCUCCACGUCAACUAUACUUUCAGUUGAGCUAGUCUGGCCUUAAAUUUUAAAUUCACUUUGAAUUCUCACUGUGGUAAAUAAUCCCGAAAGACUUGUUGAGGAGUGCAUGGACAGCAGUUCUAAGGGGGGAAAAAAAGGGAGGUUGUGUAGGUAAAGGAAUCCAAGAGACAUUAUUUUGGCUUAGUUCUACCUUAUGAUUAACUCAAGCUCAAAUCCCCAAACAUUUUGGAAAACCUUGUAAACUAAAAAAAACAUAAAAUAAAUUAUGUUUUCUUGUAUUUCAGCAACGGCUUAAUUAGCAAACAAAUGAAAUGUUUAGUUUUGCUGGGGGGGACUAGUUCACUGAGCUUUCAUUUACACUUCAUGAAUCUCUUUGUUGAAGAGUUGAAUUAGGCAUUUUGCAUGGGAUAUCUGCUCUAAUCUUUAUAUAAAUAAGUUGUGCCUUUUUACCAAGCUGCUUGCCUGAUUCAAUGCGGGAUUGUCUGUUCUCUUUCAGAUAUUUGGAAUUUUAUUUACUUUAGCUCAAGGGAGGCUUACGACUGACUACAAUCCCCAAGCUGGGAAUAUCUUUCUUUGUGUGUGGAUGUUCAUAGGCAUCAUUUUAACAGGUCAGUGAUUUGACGCAGCGGUUUACACAUUAUAGAAGUUAUAUCCUAAUAUAGAUUAUUAGAUAUAUUAAUGUAAUAGAAAUAUUUGUGGAUAAGCUUUUCAAAUUAUAUUUAUUAAAAUAUAAAAGGAAUAUAUCUAAAAAUGUUAUUUCUUUUUACAAACAUUAAAUCUUUUUUCAAAGUUUAUCCAAAAAUAUUACAGUGAUUGGGAAAAGUAUUUGACCUCUGCUGAUUUUGAACGUUUGUCCACUGACAAAGAAAUGAUCAGUCUAGAAUUUUCAUUGUAGGUGUUCUGAAUUGAUUUGCAUGUCAGUGAGUGAAAUAAAUAUUUGAUCCCCUAUCAAUCUGCAAGAUUUCUGGCUCACAGGUGUCUUUUAUACAGGUAACGAGUGCUCCUAAUCUCUGCUCGUUUAUCUGUAUAAAAGACACCUGUCCACAGAAGCAAUCAAUCAGAUUCCAAACUCUCCAACAUAGCCAAGACCAAAGAGUUGUCCAAGGAUUUCAGGGACAAGAUUGUAGACCUACACAAGGCUGGAAUGGGCUACAAGACCAUCACCAAGCAGCGUGGUGAGAAGGUGACAACAGUUGUUGCGAUUAUUCGCAAAUGGAAGAAACCCAAAAUAACUGUCAAUCUCCUUCAGUCUGGUGCUCCAUGCAAGAUCUCACCUUGUGGAUUUUCAAUGAUCAUGAGAACGGUGAGGAAUCAGCCCAGAAAUACACGGGAGGAUCUUGUUAAUGAACUCAAAGCAUCUGGGACCAUAGUCACCAAGAAAACAAUUGGUAACACACUACGCCGUGAAGGACUGAAAUCCUGCAGCAAGGUCACCCUGCUCAAGAAAGCACAUGUACAGGCUCGUCUGAAGUUUGCCAGUGAACAUCUAAAUGAUUCAGAGGAGAACUGGGUGAAAGUGUUGUGGUCAGAUGAGACCAAAAUCGAGCUCUUUGGCAUCAACUCGCCGUGUUUGGAGGAUGAGGAAUGCUGCAUAUGACCCCAAGAACACCAUCCCCACCGUCAAACAUGGAGGUGAAAACCUUAUGCUUUGUGGGAGGUUUUUCUGCUAAGGGGACAGGACAACUGCAUCGCAUCAAAAGGAAUAUGGACGGGUCCAUGUACCUUCAAAUCUUGGGUCAGAACCUCCUUCCCUCAGCCAGGGCAUUGAAAAUGGGUCCUGGAUGGCUAUUCCAGCAUGACAAUGACCCAAAACACACAGUUAAGGCAACGAAGGAGUGGCUUAAGAAAAAGCACAUUAAGGUCCUGGAGUGGCUAACCAGUCUCCAGACCUUAAUCCCAUAAAAAAUCUGUGGAGAGAGCUUAAGGUUUGAAUUGCCAAACGUCAGCCUCGAAACCUUAAUGACUUGGAGAGGAUCUGCAAAGAGGAGUGGGACAAAAUCCCUCCUGAGAUGUGGGCAAACCUGGUGGCCAACUACAAGAAACGUCUGACCUCUGUGAUUGCCAACAAGGGUUUUGCCACCAAGUACUAAGUUGAAGUGGUCAAAUACUUAUUUCACUCAUUGACAUGCAAAUCAAUUUUCUAACUUUUUUGACAUGCGUUUUACUGGAUUUUGUUUUGUUAUUUUGUCUCUCCCUGUUAAAAUACACCUACCAUUAAAAUUAUAGACUGAUCAUUUCUUUGUAAGUGGGCAAAUGUUCAAAAUCAGCAGGGGAUCAAAUUCUUUUUACCCUCACUGUACCUGGUCCCCCUUGCACCUGCUAUCUUUGACUGAGCGCGCUCAUCUGACAAUCUCAGACCGUGAAAGUCCUACAUGACUGGAAGCAAAAGUUGCAGUCACAAGUGUGACCCAGGUAAAUUGUAAGAACAUACUAAAAUGUUAAUUAUUUAAAAUUGAAACUUUUAUAGAAGAGGAACUCUCGCUGUGUGUGUCUGUCUCGAUCUAACUAUCUGCGAUUAGCUCUGUCCUUUGCACCUGACAAUCCGCAUAGAGAUAUCCUACAGAGAAGAUGAGUAAUUAGACAAUGUUGCCUUGCCUUGCCUGAACUGAAAUAUGAUGUACUUUACAAACUCUUUAAUAUGAAGUAAUUAAUUAAUUAAACCACAUAUAACUAAAAUGUUUACACAAAUUACAGGCAAUUUUCCAUUUUUAUUCAACGGUGUAAAUUCUAGAAGAGUGAUCUCUCCCAUUUAGUGGAAGGAAGUGUUAGUUGUGCCUCAAAAUAAUUACUUUAUCUCAAACUUUUUGUAUAAUAAAAAACGAAAUAUGUCAUAAAAUGACAACUGACAAUAAGUGCCUUUUCUAUAUAUCAACCAGUGGAAGCAAAGCAUAUAUUGAUCAAAUGAAGCUUUCUUGAUUUUUUUUUUGUUUGUUUUUUAAAUAAAAACACUGCUUUUUAUAGCUAGCCCUGUGUGCUUUUGUGAAUAACACAUAUGAAGUUUUAUUUAAAGCGACACUAUAGUCACCAGAACAACUACAGCUUAAUGUAGUUGUUCUGGUGUCUACUACCUGUUUUUGCAGUCUUUUUUUUGUAUAAAAACUUCCUUUUCAGAGAAAAGGCUGUGUUUACAUUACAUCCUAAGGACACCUCCAGUGGCCAUUCCUCAGAUGGCUACUAGAGGUGCUUCCUGGGGUAGUGCUGACUUUCAGCGUCUCCACACUCUGCAUGCAGACACUGCACUUUACUCGUAGAGAUGCAUUGAUGCCAUUGGCCAGGGCAGCAUUUGGCUCUGCCUCCUUGGCUGAGAUCACUUAUAUCAUUUCCUAUGGGAAAGCAUUGUGAUUGGCGGAGAUUAUCGCUUUUGAUGAUGUCAGCCAAGGAGGCGGUUUGGGGUUGGAGCUAGUGCCUGCCGACCUGAAUAAAGUUAAAAUUUUACUAUAUGGCGGUGUGUGGGAGGCCAGGGGAUGGUGUUUUUUAGCACUAUAGGGGCCAUAAAAUAUGUUUUGUGUUCCUGAUCCUAUAGCUUUCCUUUAAAGAAACCCAGACAUGUUUUUUUUUUUUUUUUCUGGCUAUUACCCAAAGUAAUGGCACUUAUGUUAUCAAACGUGUUUAAAAUUAAAUGUUGAUUCAGUCCUGCCAGAAAUAGAAGCUGCAAACCUAUGGUAUGAAAAUCUACAAUAGUUGGUGCAUUAUUCAGCUGCUCUAUUGGAACUAAUAAAAUAUUGUGAGUGGACUGAAAAAAAUGAGUUCACAUUAGUAAAACUGAUCUGUAUUUAGUUGUUCCAUGUGGCAUGCCGGGUUAGAGGGAUACAUGAUUGGAUGGGGAGAAAUUAGUUUGAAUUAUAUGGAGAGAGGAGGAGGUGGUUAGAAGUGACAUGACAAUGGGAUGAGAAAAAAAUUGAUGUGGAAAUGUUAAAAAUAAUCGACUUGUCCAAGGGACCAAAGGGAUAGCCCAUUUUAUUUUGUCCGUCCACACAAAAUCUUUUCAGAUUGGGGCACCUGGUUAGUUAAUUAUUGUCAGGGUUAUUCACGAAAUUCAAAUUAAAUCCAAGUGGGAAAAAAAUGAGUCAAAAAAGCAGAUCUGGCAAAAUUAUCUAUCUAUAGUGGCAACAUUUUGCCUUGGUUUUUAUAUUUGGACUUAAUUUGUGGAAAUUUAGUAAAUGACCCAGAGGUUUUUUUUUUCAUCUACUGCCUCCUCCUCUAUUGCCCCCUCUGUUCCUGUGUGCACUGGCUAUGCGUGAUGUUUGCUGACUGUGUGUAUUGUGCGUGUGUUUGAUGUUUCCUGGCUGUAUGUGAUAGUUGAUGUGUGUGUGUGUGUGUGUGUGUUGUAUUUAUCAUCCUCCUGCUAAGCUUGCUGAAUGGAUUGGGGGGGUGAGGCAUGAUCUACGGCCAUGCAUUGGGGUUUAAAGUUUCUGGUGGUCAAGUUGGGGGGAGCAUGUGGUCUGUACCUUGGGCCUGGGCAUCCGCUGAGACAAAUUCCACAUAUCUGAUGCAAAUCUAUCUCUGCACUCACAGAGAGACUGGCACUCCAAAUCAGUACAUCACCACAAAAUGAAAUUCCAGCAGUCAAUGAGAGUAUGUUAUAUAUAAUCUUUAUAUCUAGUGAUGUCCCGAACGGUUCGCCGCGGACGGCGAACAUAUGACCCUGUACCUCACAGUCAGCAGACACAUUCCAGCCAAUCAGCAGCAGACCCUCCCUCCCAGACUCUCCCACCUCCUGGACAGCUCACUAAGAAUGCAGCUUCAAAAUGGAUGCUGUCCAGGAGGCGGGAGGGUCUGCUGCUGAUUGGCUGGAAUGUGUCUGCUGACUGUGAGGUACAGGGUCAUAUGUUCGCUGUCCGCGGCAAACCGUUCGGGACAUAUAUAUAUAUAUAUAUAUAUAUAUAUAUAUAUAUAUGUCUCUCUGAUUUAGAGGAGCAUAUCGUUUGCUACAUUUUUUUUGUUUUUUUGCAUGCAAAUCACAUCUUGUUUUUUAGAGACAUUAAGUUUUGUAUGCAACGUUCCAGAACUCUAAAAUGUCAAGGAUAUUACAAAUUUUAUAGUUUUUAGGCUAACUUUUAGGUGUAACUUUGAAAUUAAAGCAACCUUUUGUCUGUGUGCAGUUAAACUAAGCAGAGUGAUUGCCUGCAGGUACUUAGUUAAGCAGGUUUAAGGUAAAAGUGAAUUGUAUAAAUACACAUUACUGCUAUGGAAACAGGGAUAGGCUCCUUGGAGAUUGCUGCAAUCUGUGUUGAAUCAUACAUGUACAGACAAUACAGCCUAGAUACAUGUUUAUUAAUGACUAUAAAUAUUUUUUACUGUGCAUUUCACAAUGUAAAAUUUUAACAAUUCUGUAUGUAUUUCAAAUCUCUGGAUGCAAUACUCUAAACUAGGGGCAGGCAACCUUUGGCAGUCCAGAUGUUGUGGACUACAUAUCCCACAAUGAUCUUGUGAAGCACAGACCAUUCUCUGUCUCCGCUGUGCUGGUUCUACUCUACCAGUAAAAUCCUCAAGUAACUGGUUCACUUCAUGUUUGCAAGGAUUUGGUUUCAACGUUGCUGUAUGUUAAUGAAUAACCUCUUCCAAUAUGACUUUAACGUUUCUUUAUGGUAUUCUUUUUAUGUUUUGCUUAGAGUAAUCUGAUUUAUGGCAGCACGUGAGUGGGCUGUUUGCAAUGUAUGAAAGCAAGCACGUGUGGGUCUGGAUGUUGUUGUAACCAUCUUGAUCUCCUCGCCAUAACAAGCAAACUGCGCAUGAGUGUAUAGAGAGAGGAUAUGAACGUGGUCAUAAUCUGUCCCUCUCUGCGAGCAUUGUACUCUGUGCUCUGAGCUCCAGUGAUAGAUUGAGCAGACGAAUGAAUAUGCUUGUUGAGGUGUAGGGAAGCUCCUAUUAACCUCAAUGCAAUUUGUUCAUGCUCUGGCUUUUUGUCUUACAAAAGGUUUAAAGGGUUUGUUAACCGCAGUAGAUGUGAUAUACAACUUCCCCCACAUACUUUAAAGUCAUGGGAAUGUAAUGAUAAUUGUGGGGGCAAAAUAUAACUAAAUAUUUUUGAAAAUUAUUUUAUUGAUAUGAAUAUUAUAGGGCCACACCCACAACCUUGUAUUUAAAGAUACAAUAUCACAUACAAUAAUUAUAUUACCUAAAGGUUAGGUUUUUUGGGACAAUAACCAUUUAUACGAUUGUAAAAUAAUCAGUGAUCAUAAAACAUGUAACAAAGAAAAUUGCUUCAAAACAUGUCCGAGUAUAAUUUCCAGAGUAGACAAUAACAAUCUGGAUAAUGAGCAAUGUAGUUACUGGCUCAAAGAUUUUAUCAACAAACGUAUAAUACAAUUGUAUUAUUUUCUUGGCCGAAUAUAUCUCACAGGAAAAAGAAAGUACAAGUCAUUGCUGCUAAAGGUGAUUCUACAAGCUACUGAAUCAUAAGGUGUACUUAGUUUUUCACACUUUGCUUCUCCCUUUUGGCUUCAUUUUUGUUAAAUCUUGACACCGUGCAAUAUGUCAUGUUGUUCAUCUGAAGUUGUAUUUACUUAUUUUUAAGACCUGCUAAGAAACAGUUGAUUGCUAUUAUGAGCUGAUAUAUAAAACUGCAGAAUUCGGUGUACUUUAUUUUUCUCAUGACUGUACAUGAAAUAAGAACGUAAGCCCAGAAUGUCUGUAACCAAUGAGUGAAACCAUUCCAUCCCUAUUAUGGACUCACCGGUUACUAUUGGCCACGCCGAUUUUCCAAGCACUGAACACGUGCUGCCUAUGGGCAUGAAUCUUUUAAUCUGUAUUUAUUUUUACAGUCUUGUGCAAGCACAAAACCGGUUUUUGUUUCUUUGAGACAUAAUUCAAAAGCAAAACUUGUUGCUCGAGCUUGUUCUGAUUGAAAUCUGCAAUUAUAGGAUAUUUUUUUUUUUUUUUUUUACCUUAUAUCAAGUUUGAGAGUGUGCAUAGGGUCAUUGAGACGAUGGCAGAGCACUCUCUGCAUGAGCCGCACUUAGCAAGACCUCCCAGACGCUGUCAUUUAGAUUGGCGUACAUGCACACCCAUGUGUCACCCCGCUUUUAGGCCGCCUGCCUCUCGUCCCCUUCUUUUGGGCAGCCCACUCCAUCUAUACCUCUCAUUACUGAGUGUUAUGUAGCCUUCCUGGAGAUUUAUUUUCUAACUUUAAAUUGCCUUCUCAAUCCCAGAAAAUGGGAUUGGGGGGGGGUUGCUACAUGCCAAGUGCAGCUUAUGUGACCAUGUGUUUGUAGAUUUAGAAGAGGUUAAGGAAUUGCUUAUGCAUCUGUUUCCAUCAUGUAUCUGCUGAGCGAUAGGGAAUUGAAGGCAGUUACCUGGAAAGGUAAAUGAGUAGCCACAUCCAUCAUUAAAUGAAUUGACUGGGGAAUAUUUUUUCAUGGUAAACAAUCAUUACAGCUACUCGUUCAACCAAUGACAGAUGUCAGACAAGUUAUUGGAGGGCAGAGUACCCUGCUAGCCAUUAAGGCUUUUAUUGCUUGCUCUAUAAAGAUCAUCUUUACCCGAAAAUAGGCUGUGAACUCCAGACAAAUAGAAGGCCCGCCUUGAUGUCUGUGAUCUCCAGCUGUCACAUACAGAUCUUUUGGGGGAAAUUUACUAAGUUCUAUUAUUCUGACUCAUUGGAUUAACAUGUUUUUUUCUUUUCCUCUACCUGAACAUGUUUGCCUCUCGUAUAAAUGAAUGUGGAGCAUUCACUGUAUUCUAUGUGGCCUAUAUUUGCAGAGAAGAUAUUGUACGAAUAUGUAUUUGUUUUGAAUUUGGAGAUAUAUGGUACGUUCACGUAAUGCAGGGGUUAUAGACCAUUGAAAUCUGAAACCUGUCCUUUUGUUGAGAUGUCUCUUUUUGCUUAAAAUUACUUCCCCAAGUUGUCUCUUAUCACUAGAUUUCAUAAUAUGAUUGAUGUAUCUCUCCCUCCCCUUUCAGAUACUUAUUUAUUGUAACAAGGAAUAAGUCUGUCCAUUAAACCCACUCCGGUCAUCUGUACGAUAGCUACAGUUCAAAAACAUUAAAGGACCACUUCAGCUCAAUGAAGUGGUCUGGGUGCCUGGUCCAUCUAGGAUUAACCCUUUCUGCUGUAUGUUUACCUAUGGGUUAAACUAGCCUCUAGUGGCUGUCUCAUUGACAGCCGCUAGAGGCGCUUCCGCGCUUCUCAAUGUGAUUUUCACAGUGAAAAGACGCCAGCGUCCAUAUGAAAGCAUUGAAAAUGCUUUACUAUGGACUGGCUGAAUGCGCGCACUCUUGCCGCGCAUUCAGGUGGUGAUGUCCGAAGAGGGAGGAGCGUCCCCGGCGCUGGAGAAAAGGUAAGGGAAUAACCCCUUCAGCGCCACGGGAGGGGGACCCUGAGGGUGGGGGCACCCUCAGGGCACUAUAGUGCCAGGAAAACAAGUUUGUUUUCCUGGCAUUAUAGUGGUCCUUUAAAUAUGACUUAGGAUUUUAGAUCAACCACAAACGUUUGAAAGCUCCAAUUACAAGAGUUUUGUUUUUUUCUUUGCUAGCAGAAUUUAUAGAAAUCAGUGCACCUUGUGAAGCUGUAGCGUCCUGUAUAUUGCUAUCACUGAGCUGUAGGCAUGUGCGUGGGGAAAACCUUCGGUUUGGAACUUCGGCACUUAGACAUUUCGGGACUUCAGGACUUCUCUUGCAGCCGCUUAGUAGAUAACUCCCUCAUUCCCACGGUAUUAGGGAGUUAUCUACCAAAAGGCUGAAAGACCUAAAUUGGUCUUUCAGACAAAUUUACUAAUGCUGAGUAAAAAUUACUUAGUAUUAGUACAUUUUGCCCCUACUCGCUGUGUAAUUUGACUCCUAACUCUCUGAUUGGUUACUUAAUCCACCAAUCAGAGUGUUAUGAGUCAAAUUACACAGCAUGGGAAAAUUCCAAAGAAUGGGGGCUCGGCAGGGGGGGAACUUUUUUUUUUUUUUUUUUUUUUCAAAACCAUGAGCAACUGUUUAAUAGACAUGCCCCUACUCGCGGUAUAGCGAGUAGGGGCAUAAUUUACUAAUACUAAGUAACCUUUACUUAGUAUUGGUAAAUUUGUCUGAAAGACCAAUUUAGGUCUUUCAGCCUUUUAGUAGAUAGCUCCCUAAUAUUGUGGGAAUUAGGGAGCUAUCUACUUAUUCAUUCCUGUCAUUACAUUGACUGGCUAAGUAACUUAUAUUUUAAAUGAAUGUGUGUUACUUGAUUGUUGUAAGUGUUGCAGAUGCUUACAGCUGAAUCCUGGCUAUGUUUGUAUAAAAUUUUAAAUAAAAAGUAUACAAUGUAACAGUCUUCUUUCACUGGGUAAGUAUAUUAGUACUUUACUUUGGCAAUUUCGGGACCUCGGCAAUUCGGAAGUACCUGAAUAUCCGAAUUGCCCGAAAUUCAUAUUCGGACCGAAACGAAUUGCACAUGUCUACUAAGCCGCUAUAUAGUGUUCAGUGAGUGUGUUGGGGUACAAUAUAGUCCCUUUGUAAUUAUUAUUAUAAUUAUUCGAGGCUAUGCCUGAGCCUUGAACUAUUCUGCAUCAAGUGCACAGCUAAACGAUAUCCAGCGUAUGUGGUCGAAUAGAGUAGUACUAUAUAAAUGGUCUUAAACUUAAAUUGGGUAUUUCAUUUAUAGGAUAUGUUAGUUAAGUACUUUGUGUCCAAUGCUGCUGCCACUAUCCUGGGUUUCUGGAUGUUACAUUACUGUAGAUUACAUAAAGAUUGAUUGAUCUCAGCCAAUCUAGUGCUUUCCCAUAGGAAAGCAUUGAUAGGAUAGUGUAAAGCAAAUAACUGUGCCAAUCCGCAUCUCCUCAUAGAGAUGAGUUGAUUCUAUGCAUCUCUAUGGGGAGCGUACAUCUUCUUCGUGAACGUAGGGCCUGCAGAGAUUGCAGGACUGAAAUACGGAAGGGCCUGUAGUGGCCAUUUAACUUAUGGCACGUCGAGUUGUAACUAGGAAAAAAUUUAAACACUGUAUUUUUUUCUGAAAAAGCAGCAUUUAUAUUAAAGUCUAUAAAGCCAAGCUUUGCUCACCGGGAUUGAAUUUUUAUUUGCCAAGGCUAAAUUUCCACUUUUAAUUUUCCUAUGGCUUAUGGAAAUUUUGAGUCUUGAUUUCAACUUAAAUGUGCAAUGGUUUGUAACAUUUGUCACAUGCACAAUAAACUCAUUUUAUGUGUUAAAGGGGUGUGUGUACAUGGCAUUUUACCUGCUGUUGGCAGAAUACUGAGUAAUAAUUAUUACGUGCUGGGAGAUGCAUGUUCCACAACCGCGGUCUAUGACCUUCCUAAAUGGCUUAUUACGUGUGUUUUGUUUUGUCUUACAGCACUGAUUAAAUCUGAUUUAAGAAGACACAAUGUCAAUUAUGGAAUUGCCAACUCUACAAUAAAGGCAGUGAGUAUCUCUCCGUACUGUGUUGUUUUUCAUUAUCUGGCACCGCACUAUCUAUGACAAGUGUCUCUCUCCCUUAUUCAGAAGGUCAAGUUGACGGAAAGAGCUGUUCAAGGCUACUGUUCAUCUUAUUUCCUCCUUUUCUAAUAGUUAAUCACAAUUAUGAAAGCACACUGCUGUUGAACUUGUGGGGGCAUUUUUUUAUUUAUUUUUUAUUGCAGUUUGCCAGUAUGAGAUUAGUUAUAAGGCAAAUGGCAUAGUGUGGCCCUAGUGUUAGCUCAAGGUCCUGCUAGUGAACCAUUACAAAUUGCACUGAUGCACAGUAAAAUAUUUAACUCUCUUUUAACAGGUACCUGUGGAGAGCCCAACGGAACCAGAACAGGGCAUUGUCAUCUUAACAACGCAGUCCUCUUCUGCUGUAUAAAAGCCAUUUGUGUCUAUUCAAUGAGACACCCGCAGAAACUACAACAAUCACAAUAUCUCCAAAACUGUAUUUAUUGUUUGUACUAUUUAUUGGACUCCUCAUUGGCAACCCACUGAGAUCAAUCAAGACCAUUUAUCGUGCCCAGCACUUAUUAUGUCACUGAAGAUGGGAAGAGGGCGGUAGUGCAAUGCUGGUUUGUAACCAAAACCCAGUCUGCGCUAAUCUUGAAUCACGCAGAUCUUUUAUCACAAAUGACUUUGCUAUAAUUGUAGUGUCUUUUUUAAAAUGAAUUUGUAUUUUUUAAUGUACAUAUUGAUGAUAUUCCUGUGUGCUUUAGCUGUUGUGAGGCCAGUAACUAGUUGGUUUUUGUAUUUGUAAACUUUAUUUAUAGACUGUGUGUGAGGGAAGAUAUCGAAACGUCUCUGCUCCGCCAAUCUCUGAUUCAUGAUUUGCCAUAGUUUCAACCAAAGCGUUUCAAUACUUGAUAUACUGACAUUUCUCCUAAUCAUGUGCUCUGUGCUAAACAUACCUAAUUGCACUUGAAACCAAACUUCACAAGAGACUAUUUAUUUGAAGUACUUGAUAAUCAACUGUAGAUCGUUAAAGUAGCACUAUAGUGCCAGGAAAACAAACUAGUUUUCCUGGCACUAUAGGGUCAUUGGGUCCCUCCCACCCCUUCAGCCACUUACCUUUCUCCAGCGUCGGGCUCCGUCUAUGCUGGGGAACUCUCCACCGCCUGUCGACGUCAGAUCCGAAUGCGCAUGCUUUCAAACCGCCCAUAUGAAAGCAUUACUCAAUGCUUUCAUACUGACGUCCAGCAUCUUUUCUCAAUGUGAUUUUUCAAAGUGAGAAUCGUGGAAGCGCCUCUAGCGGCUGUCAAUGAGACAGCCACUAGUGGCUGGAUUAACCCUCAGUGAAACAUAGCAGUUUCUCUGAAACUUCUAUGUUUUCAGCUGCAGGGUUAAAACUAGGGGGACCUGUUACCCAGACCACUUCAGCUCUUCAUUAAGCUGAAGUGGUCUGGGUGCCUAUUGUGGUCCUUUAAUAUUGUUUGUGUGUUGGAGAAAGGAUAGCAGAAAACUAUGACCCCCUUUUACAUUAGACCAUAGUAAUAUACUGUUAGUAUAAGCGUGCGCAUACUCAAUCCAAUCUGCUAGCAGUGUGUCCACCAGAUGUUAAAAAAAUAAAAUAAAAUUUAAAUCAGGGAGCAAAUCUUAACAUUAAGAAGAACUCUUUAGAUAAUCAGUUGAAUUAAUGGUACACUCCACUGCCAAAUUAAAAUAAAUAAAAAUCACAGUUUAGUAGAUAUAAUCACAGAGAAAUAUGCAUGCAUUUAAUUAUGCAUUUUUCAUUGGGGUUAUAUGUGCAACAGCUUGCAAAAACCUGCAGAUCUCUUGUCUGCAGCCUUUGGAAGCCCUCCCCUUCUAACCCCGCCCAGACUUUGUGUCUGUCCAAUCAGACUUCCCAAUGCAGCUCAAUGAGAAGUCUCUGCAAGGCAGGAUCUCUGAGCAAUUGCUGCCUGUGGAGUUUAGCUCCACUGAGCUAUCCAAACCAGGAAGUAACAGGACCGGUUGUGUGCUUGGAAGCGAGGUAGGUGUAACCAUGUUAAUUUAUAAAAGUGUCAUUUUCUAUUGAAAACUGCACUUUUUGUAAAAUAAAAAAAAACACUCCGCACAUAAAGCAAGCCGAAUGUCCCUUCACGUGCUCUCUGUAUAUUACCAAUAUACACUAUUGCAUGUAGUGUAAGCUGACCAGUAUAUACAAUGAUGUGUAAUGUAGGGGGUUGGCUUGCAAGAUUAUGUGCAAUGUAUGUUUAACCUGAAAUUAUGUAUAGCAGGUUAACUGCUAUAUAUAAAUUGGUGUGCACAGUAGGCAAUUAUUUUAGUAAUUUUUUUUAAGGGUUUUUUUUUUUUUUUUUUCUGCAUUCCUUAUACAGAGAGUCUCCUCCAUUCUUAGGUAAAUUUUGAUAUUGUGUACAGCAAAUGAAGGUGACGUGUGCGUGAUUUAUUUCUUAGUGUGCAGUCCUACAAGUGUUUUUCCAGCUCGGCUAUUGUCAUGCAGUCAUGUACAGCAAACGUGCUCUACAGGGUUACCAGUCUUUACAGUGGCUCGAGCUGCAGGCUCAGUGCUAUACAGGUUACGGUGUUUGCACACUUUACAUGUAUAUACAGAUUUAUUGCUCUGUACAAUGAUUUGUGCUGUAGGUUACAGCUCUGUACCUUAGUAUGUGUUCCAAGUUCUCUGCUCUGUAUAGUGAUAUGUGCUGCAAGCUUAUUGACCUGUAGAGUGGUAUGUGCUUCAGAUAUACCACUUUGUACAUUAGUGUGUCCUUCAGAUAUACCGCUCUGUAGAUUAGUGUGUCCUAUAGAUAUACCACUCUGUACAGUGGUGUGUGCUGCAGAUAUACCGCUCUGUACAGUGGUGUGUGCUGCAGAUAUACCGCUCUGUACAUUGGUGUGUGCUUCAGGUAUACCGCUCUGUACAUUGGUGUGUGCUGUAGGUAUACCGCUCUGUACAUUGGUGUGUGCUGUAGGUAUACCGCUCUGUACAUUGGUGUGUGCUGUAGGUAUACCGCUCUGUACAUUGGUGUGUGUGUGUGUGCUGCAGAUAUACCGCCCUGUACAUUAGUUUGUGCUUCAGAUAUACCGCUCUGUACAUUAGUGUGUGCGCUGCAGAUACACCAUUGUACCCAUUUACAAGUUUUACUUGUAUAAAUGUUUUUUUUUUUUUAAAUCCGUCUUACUAGUAUAAUGAAUUUAGAAGUUGACAGAUCAGCACAUGUACAGCAAUCUGUGCUUUGGCCGACUGUGGGGUGUCGUGUACCCUACGAUGGUCAGCCUACACUGUGAAUGUGAAGUAUUGUGUAUGUGCCUAUUAAAACCAAUUCUUUUUGCGGGCUUUUACCACUGCAGGUUUUGCACACCUAGAUAAUUUUAGCUUUUGUAAAUAAUAUGUCAUCGAAGGGUUUGAGUAUUUGUCUUAUUGUGAGUUUACUGUCUGAUUCAGGUAUUCUGGCUAAUGAUUCGAUCACAUAAUGAUAAUGGCUAGCAUACACGCAGCUGGACAUAAACUAAAGAUUCUGACAGUUUUUUUGUAACCUUUUUAUUUUAAAUUUCAAGGCAGCUUUUAUUUAGGUCAGAAUUUUUAAAGCACAUUUUUAUAUAUAUAUAAUUUAUUUUUUUUUAUAGGUUUUACCAGAGCUUACCGUUUCUGAAAUAUUAUUUGUUUGAACAUUUAGGCUAAAGCAGUUGAGUGGCCUCAAUUAGAAAAAAAAAAAGCAUAUGUCUGUUUUUAUUACUGCCCCUAGUGAACUUUUUAACCCUUGAAGACGGAGGCAAUUGUCCUAAGUAAUUUAAGAGUUUCUCCCCCAUACAUAUAUAUAUAUAUAUAUAUAUAUAUAUAUAUUGUUGUUUAAAGGACAUAAAGUACUUUUGUUUAACAUCCUUUAUGUAUACCUAACACUACAUUUCAUCUGGUUAAACCUUUAAAAAUGGGAAACAAAUUAUUUCACUUUUUAUUUUUUUUUUAUUAUUUUUUACACAUUCAGUGCAACUAAAUAAAAUAAACUCAAAAUAUUAUUUUAUAUCAGUCGUGAUUGCUAAAUGUCUAAUAUGUCUAGGAUCGAAAUUAAUUUUUGGUAGUCAACUCUAACCCUAUACCAACCAUCACAUUAACACUAUACCAAACACACCCUAAUGCUUAUACUAACUCUUACUAUAUACUGUGGCAGGAUGGCCAGGCUCUUCACAGUAAACUUCAAAUUUAACAGUCAGAAUAGAAUAGUACUGCAGUUUAUUGUCACUUUCCACAAUAUAUACAAGGUUGUGCUCUCCCACAAAAAUAAAACCGAAAAUAAAUCCUACUCCAACUUGGAGACUUACUAAACAACAGUAUUACUAACUAUUCAACUGGCCAGCUAAUCUGGUUCCCAGUUUUAAACAACAUGAAAUACAGCACUUUAACCCCUUGAGGACACAUGUGACAUGUCAUGAUUCCCUUAUUCCAGAAGUUUGGUUUCACACAGUACCUUUUACUCAGAGUCUCAGGCUUAACUUCCUCCUCUCUCCCAGCUGUUAGAUUCCCCCAUGUGGUCACAGGCUAACCUUUUAAAACCCUAGUGCUGGUUAAUUACAUUCACCUGGUUGAUAACAUUCAAGGGGUGACUCCUACCAAUUAACCCUAUCAUGCUGGGAAUAGAGAGCGCUCCAAUCUAUUACUAACAUAAAAAGCCUCUCUGACCCUGCCACAAUACCUACCCUAAUCUUAAUCUUAACCCUACUGUAACAAGAACAGGGUAGACUGGUCCCCAGCUUGGGAUCCAGACUUAUCCUGACAUGUCAUUUGCCCCUUCUCCACUGGCCCCAGAGACAACCACCAUGAUUCCUCAGGGUAAGGUCAUGUGCUCUACCCACACUCUUCUGAUUGCUCCCGACAUUCUUUACAAAAAUGCCUUUAGCUCACAGGCUCAACUGAAUAUUUCAACACACAGGUAAACAUACUCUGUCACCAUGCCUCUCCAAAUAAGAGACAACACUCCAGUUCAGGGGGGCAAGAAUACUCAAAAUACUUGAUUCACCACAAGGACAAGCCUCCAGCAAUACAUCAUUUUCCACACAAACACAGAUGCAAAUAUAUGAACAUGAACUUGCUUAAAUAGGCUCACAACCAAAGUAAUAGAAAAGGAAUUCAAUGGCAGUGACACUCUCAGAAGACCAGUUACAUCUACACUAAUCCAGCUUAAUCCUUACACCUAAAUCUAACUCUACGGAAACGCUCUGCUAAUAUUUUGAUAUUCUAAAAUCGUUUUCGUAGUUGAGUAGUUGGCCCUCUUCGGGCUGGUAUUUCAUUCAAUGUAAUUAUGAAUUGAGCCUGCCGGUUCCGAUGUGAUUGGUGCUGGGCAGCUGGCAAAGCCCAGCGCGGGGAACAGACCCUGGGUUUCUCCCUUAGGCAGCCUGCUGCCAGAAUAACCAUGGUUAUAAACCAAGGGCAUUAACUCCUAAAUUGCAAAGAAUUUAACAGUGAGACGGCAGGGGCAUGAUCUAUGCACCAAAACUGCUUCAUUAAGCUAAAGUUGUAUUGGUGACUUUAUCCCUUUAAUAGAUUGAAAUGCAUUUAUUUGUUCUAUUUUAUUGUCCUGUAUAAUUAAAUGGAUCAAUAAACAGCACUUUUCAUGGAAUGUUCUAGUGAAAAUUUAUGGGAUAUUGUGAGUGCUGCUAUUACUCUUUUUGAAGGGGGUGGGGGGUUAAGUGUGGAACCUAAGUUGACACCACUGAAGUCAAGGUUGGAGUGAGUACAAUCAUUACACUAUAGAUAAGCAUUUUGUGUCAAUAAUUAUGGGGUAACCACACCAACAGUUUCCAGUAGAAGUGACACCUCAAAAAUACAUAUUUGGUGCAGGUUAUAUGUACGUUUCCCACCCUCACUAUCCAUCUAGAUUGUACAUACCCACAGGGUAACUGUUCUUGUAUUUGUCAAUUUUGCUAUGGUCUCAGAUGUAUUGUAUGUUUUUAGAUAGUGAAAUGGAUAUUCGUAUCUACAGUCUUUUU